AUUUCCAGUCCUGUCUGAUCUGUGUGGCUCGCAGAGUGCCGAUGAAAGAGAGACCGGUGCUGCCGACUCACGAGAGUUUCACCACGCGCCAAGACCUGCAAGGUAAGAUCACGUCUCUGGACACCAGUCUGCUGCGGGCCUCCAUGAAGCCGGGCUGGGAGGAUCUGGUGCGGCGAUGCAUUCAGAGGUUCCACCUGCAGAACGACGGGGAGAUGUCCUUCGCCAAGAGGCACCAGCAGGAAGUGCUGCGCCACGGCCAGGCCUUCAGUCCCAUCUACCGCUUCUCUCUCUCUGACGGCACCAUCGUGUCGGCGCACACUAAGAGCAAACUGGUGCGCUCUCCGGCCACCAACGAGCCGCAGCUCUACAUGUCGCUGCACAUCCUGCAGAGGGAGCAGACGGUGUGUGGGAUGGGUCAGGACAUCGGUCAGACCCCAGGAAUGGCCCCCAAACCCAUGAACUCCUCCACGCCCUCCAUGACCCCCCCGACCCCCGGCAGCCUGCCUGGUUCUGGGCCUCAGGGCCAGGAGACCACCAUCAGCAGCAACAGCAGCACGCCUUUCUCAUCUCUUGGCCCUCGAGAGCCUCCUGCCAUGGGGGGCCACAUGCAGAGCUAUCGUUUCGGGUGCCCCCCUCCUCACAAUCACACUGGAGGCAUGCAGCCCCCUCAACAAGGGGCUAAUUGGAGGAUGAACAGUCCGUCUAGAGCGAGUCCGAGCCCAGCAGGAGGGCCACAUCCUCCUCAACAGAACUCUAUGUUGUCCCCGAGGCAUCGAAACAGUCCUGGGGGGUCUGGGAGCCCUCGAGUAGCGGGUAUUCACUCCCCCUCACCUGUAGGGAUGUGUGGGGCCCCCCCAGGUAGCAGCGGCAAUGCUAACAGCUACACUAGCAGCUCUCUUUCUGCACUUCAGGCCCUUAGUGAGUGUCAUGGGGUGGGACACGGGGCCCCUCACACUCUGGGGUCCCCAGACAGAAAGAUGGGUUCUCCAGUGGGGGUCUCUCAGGGAGGGGGCUCUCAUCUGAUGUCCAAACUGGGAGGAGAGUCAUACGGAUCGAAUAUGGAGGGUCAAGAGACGAAUAUGGAGCCUAAAGAGGAUCGAGAAGGGGCCCCUGAUGACUCCCUGAACCGUCUUCACGACAACAAAGGCCACACUAAGCUUCUACAGCUUCUCACGACUAAACCGGAGCCCCUGGAGACCCCUUUGUCCCCGGGGGGAGAGGGAAAAGAGGGCCGCGGGGGCCAGAACGCAGCGAACACUCACGCCUCCUCGCUAAAAGAGAAACACAAGAUCCUGCACCAGCUCCUGCAGAACAGCACGUCCCCCGUGGACCUGGCCAAACUCACAGCAGAGGCAACGGGCAAAGAGCCGGGUCAGGAGCAGAACCAGGGGGCUGGGGGUCAGGGGUCAGGGCCCGAUAUGGGUCUGAAACAAGAGCCUCUGAGCCCCAAGAAGAAGGACAACGCCCUGCUGAGAUACCUGCUGGACAAGGACGACACCGCAGGGAAGGAGAAGAUGAAGCUGGAGGCGGGGGAGGUGAAGCUGGAGGGAGGGAAGCAUCCGACGGUGAAGACGGAGAAACAAGACUCUGGAUACGACCGCGCCGAGCAGGUGAGAGCAAAACAACAACAACAACAAGCAAAAGCAUCCUCAG